AUUGGGACACUUACGCUGGCCAAAAGUAUUGGGACACUUAGGACUACAACUUGACAAAAGUAUUGGGACACUUAGGACUAGAACUGGACAAAAGUAUUGGGACACUUCGGACUAAACAUAGACAAAAGUAUUGGGACACUUAGGACUACCACUUGACAAAAGUAUUGGGACACUUACACUGGCCAAAAGUAUUGGGAUGCUUACACUGGACAAAAGUAUUGGGACACUUAGGACUACAACUGGACAAAAGUAUUGGGACACUUAGGACUACCACUGGACAGAAGUAUUGGGACACUUACACUGGCCAAAAGUAUUGGGACAUUUGGGACUACAACUUGACAAAAGUAUUGGGACACUUUGGACUACAACUGGACAAAAGUAUUGGAACACUUAGGACUACCACUGGACAAAAGUAUUGGGACACCUACACUGGCCAAAAGUAUUGGGACACUUAGGACUACAACUUGACAAAAGUAUUGGGACACUUAGGACUACCACUGGACACAAGUAUUGGGACACUUACACUGGACAAAAGUAUUGGGACACUUGGGACUAAAACUUGACAAAAGUAUUGGGACACUUAGGACUAGCACCUGCCAAAUACGCGGGCCCGACCAAUGCUGCUUGCAGCUUUAAUUUGUAAUGUUUUUGUAGUACAGAGCAAUAACCCACAGAUGCUUGCCUUUUUGGGAAAGAAUGUAUUACAGCCCAUAUGUGAACAAUUGACAAGCUCAAAGCAGACCACCUGCAAUAUUUAAUUCCUUGAACGUUCAACAGAAGCACAUCACCGGGGACAAUUUACUAGACUUAGACCACUUUGGUAGAUGAGCUUUUAAUCCAUUAAAAUGUUAUACAUGGGUGGGGGAGGGGUUUCACUGUGUGCCACACAUCUCCACCUCUGGUCAGCGAUUGUUUGGUGGGCACUGUCCAUGGUGCUUAAAUCAGUUUUGGCCAAUGUCCUUGUAAUAUAUCAUGGGUUAUUGCACAGUACCUGGGAACAUUACUGGUCCGUUUCCCGGGUGCCUGUUUACUGUCUUAGAAAAUGAAUAAGCCAAUGUUUUUGUUGCAAUUCACAAGUGGGCUAUAACAGGGAGAGUGAGUGCAUAAUAAAUCUGUGAUGCUCCAAAGUACACUUGGGCUUUUACGUUGCAGAGCACAUGCAGCGGGACAUGCUGCGCUGUGAAGACUAUAAUGAUGCAUCGGCGCAUCCGCAUCCUUCAAGAUGCGGAUUUGCAAUUUGCCGCGACGACCAGGAAUGCUGUCCCCGGGGAAACGCCACGGCCAGCGAGGGCACCUGUUGCAACCGCUUGGAGGAUAAGACGUACUACCACGUUGCCAUGGUGACUCGCAAACUUUCCGGUGUUCUGAUUAUGCUCCUUCUAUUUGCACUGGGAUACUUGGUGCAGCGAGUGUUGUGUUCCAGAUCCAGACAGCUCAACCCGGCGCACAGCGGCGACUCGGCUGUUGCAACCUCUCAGGAGCUGCUAGUGGGGAGCUCCACACCAGACAGCCUUCUGGACUGUGGAACCACGGCUCAACUUCCCACAUAUGAGCAGUGCAAACAUCUGCCAACAUAUGAGGAGACCGUACGGUAUGGACAGACCAAUUCCUCUUUUGGACAAACUACCUGAUAAGGAACACUUAUCUUUUUCCCCCCAAUCUAAGGAGACUUGUGACACUUGGAUGUAUUUAAAAGAAUUGUCUUGUCAGCAGGAGUAGUUUGGCAUCACUUCCUGAUGAGCUUGAUGCUGCAUAGGUAGCAAUCUGACUAUAAUGGCUCUGCUAAUGUUGAUGAAUAAUUUACAACACCUGACAGCAGAUCUGUAAUAAACUAUUGAUAACUUA